GGGAAAGGGCUGAGAGAAGCCUAAGCCUACGAAGCCGUGUGGGAGCACGAGGCAGAGAGGAAGCCGGGAGAAGGAGCCUCCUCGCUCGCCCUCUCUGCAGGCAGGGCGGGCAGAGAGCCGCCAAAAGCGGGCCGCGGGAGAGCUAGGCCGGAGGCGUCCCCGUUGCCAUGGCGGCAGUUGCGGAGUGAUUGGUGGAGUCGGCUGUGCCGCAGGGACGGCUGGGAGGAAGGCAGGCGCUGCGAGUUUCAAAGCAGCGGCCUCAGGUCUCUGUCGCCACCAUGCCCACUUCCGUGCCCCCAAGGAGCAGGCGGGUGGCAGCCUAUUCCACUCCACCCUCCCCUGCUAGCUCUGACGAUGAGGGGGCCGGGAAAUCCACUUCUUCCUUGACCUCCCCAAGUUUCCAUCAAAGUUUCCCAAGUUUCCACCGCAUGGAGCAAGAGGAAGAUGCAUCAUCGUCUAGCAGGGGAUCAGGCAUCCCUCAAAGGAUUAAACACCAUAGUGCUGAAUGUAUCAAUGGCACAAACAAGAAAAAUCAGUCACCUGUAGCAGAUAAUCUCUCACCGUGGGAAGAAUGGUUCCUUUGCAAAGAGAAAGAGCUACGUGCUCGGUUACAAGCACGAACUUUAGAGGAGAUGAAUUUGCAAAUGGAGAAACGAAAGGAAAAACAGGAACGUGAAAGGAAAAAACUAAUUGCUGAACAGAAGCACAAGGAGUGGGUCCAGAAAAAAAAUGAAGAGGUGAAAAGGGAGAGAAGAGAAAGGGAACGCAAACUCAGCAAAGAGAUGGCUGAAAAAGCAGCCAAAGAACUUGAGAAAGCACAAUUGAAGGAAAAAGCAAGAGAAAUGUAUGAAGAAUGGCUAAAGAAAAAGAAAACCGAAGAGGUCCAGAAGAAGAAGGAAGAGAAGGAAAAAGAAAGACAACGGGAAGCUGAAUUACAGGAGAAAAAAGAAAAAUCUGAGAAGAUGUUUAAAGAAUGGCUGCAAAAUUCUAGAAACAAGCCCCGCCCUGCAUCAGCUGGCUAUGCCUAUGACAAUGGGAAGCAUACUGGAUAUCCAGAUGGAAACACAUAUCCAGCUCCAGCCUUUUACAAUCCCAUACCUUGGAAACCAAUCCUUUUGCCUCCACCUAAGGAAGAGAAGUAUGUUUCAAUGAAGAAAAAUAAGAGGCCUAUAUCCAGUCACACACAUAGACCUUCUUCAAUGCUUUUUCAUAAAUCCAAGAACAACCUUUAUAUUGGAUCAUUGUGCAGAAUCCAGAGAUAGCAUGGGGCAUGUUGUUACUUUUUUUGCUUAAAUUAUUUAGGCUAAUAAUGUAAUUUUAGUUGUAUUUUUAAGACAAAAUUUUUUAAGCCACUUUGAUUUCUUAACUUUAAACAAAUGUUUUCAAUUUUAUCUUGUUAAAAUAAGGCAGCUAGGACACAAUAAAUGACAUUUUAAUAUUUAAGUGUAAUUUAUGUGUAAUGUAUUGUAAGCCAUAUCUUAACAAUAAAAAAGUGAUUACAUUGAGCUUUCCCCUAAUACUCAGUAUAUUUUAAGUACUGUAUCUUCAAACUCAACUUCUAGUGCUUUUUGCUUAUUGUUGAGAUAGCUGUUGCUUUAGUAGGUCAUACCAAUACCACAGAGAUGGUAGGGAAAGCUUUCUUUUCCCUAACAAAAACAAGGAAAGUUGAAAGCCACAAUGCUGCCAAGAGGGAUGUUUGAAUUUAAGCCCAUUUGGUCCUCUUAACAUCAAUGGAACUGAUCUGGCUUAAAUCCAGUUGUGUUUUCAUAACUGAUUUGCAGAGCGUAACGUUGGGGAAGUUUCUAAUACCACCUCUGUUAAAUGCCUCUUUUAAUGUACAGUACUGCAAACUGCCAAGAAUAAACAAUAGUCAUUUAAUGUA